GGAGCAUUAAAAUUAAUUUUGGUAGUUAUUUAAUGACCAAAGAAUCAAAUUAUAAAAAUAUCUAUUAUUGGUAUUGUAAUAAGAGAAAGAAUAAAUGCAAAGGCUAUGCAAUUACUAAAUUAAUUAAUAAUACUCAUAUUCUUAAAGAUUUUACCAAAUAUGAAAAUCAUGCACCAGAAGUGUAUAAAGUUGAGAUUGCAAAAAUCACAGAUCAAAUUAAAUAUCAGGCCAAAGAAAUACAGAAUAAGCCUGUAAAAAUUGUUUAA